CUGGCUAAGUCGUCCACGUUGGCACUACUGCUAGACCGAUCUGGAAUCAGAUAUUGCACUUUUUUCUCUUCUUUUUUCCCUUCUUUUCUCUCAAAAAAAAGAAAGCGAAUUUCGUUUUCCUUUCCUCCAAACGGCCCCCAGAUUUUCACGCAAAUAUCAGAAAAUCUCUUCAAUUCUUACUCUUUCUUUCCGAUCCAAACAGCAAUCUCCGAAAAAUCUUUCAAAAAAUAAAAAAAUCCCUAAUUUGAAGGCCGAAAAGAUUAAAUAUGGGAGAAGAAGCGAAGGUGAGUGAAUUUGAAACUAAAGGCGGAGACGAUAAAGAAGUCACCGCAACCGCUGCUGCCACCGUUAUUGACGACGAUGAUGAUGUUGACGAAAGAGUUCUCGAAUGGGAGAUGGGAUUACCUAAUUGCGAUGAUUUAACUCCGUUAUCUCAAUCCUUAAUCCCACCGGAACUGGCCUCUGCUUUUAGCAUCUCGCCGGAGCCUCGUCGGAGCGCUUUUGAUGUUAACCUCGCUUCUCACAAUACCAUCUCCUCCCUCCGCUCCACCGGAGCCCACUCCUCCACCACCAAUAACAAUAACAACAGCAAUAACACUAAUAACAAUUUCUGUUCUUUUAAUGACCCGAUGGUAGUUGAACCGGAAGGGGACGGUUCGGGGUCGGGCUCCGGAUCCGAACCGAAGAAGACGAAGAGGAUGGAUAUUGCAGAGGAAGCGGAUUCAGCAGUUAGGACAACGGAGAAUUCGGACGAUCCAUCUGCGAGGACAUUGAAACGACCGCGUUUAGUGUGGACACCGCAACUGCAUAAGAGAUUCGUCGAUGUGGUGGCCCAUUUAGGGAUCAAAAACGCGGUUCCCAAAACGAUCAUGCACUUAAUGAACGUCGAAGGCUUGACCCGUGAGAACGUCGCUAGUCAUUUGCAAAAAUAUCGGCUUUACUUGAAAAGAAUGCAAGGCUUAAGCAACGAAGGCCCAUCGGCUUCCGAUCAGCUGUUUGCAUCAACGCCAGUACCGCAGAGUCUCCAUGAGGGUGGAAGCGGCGGUGGAGGAAGUGGUGUUGGUGGUGGUAGUGCGAAUGGCAAUGGGCAUGUGGGGACGGCUAUCCCGAUGCCUUAUGGGGCACCGAUGAUGCCGGUACCGAUGCCGAUGUAUGGACAUGUGGGGAUGCAUCAAGUAGGGUAUCAUCAUCAUCAUCACCAGAAUGGGUAUGAAGCGAAUUCGUAUGGGAUGAUGCAGCAGACAGAUUGGUCUGGUGGGAAUAAAUAUACUUCAGUAGUGUCGUAUCCCCACCAUAUGGCUCCCAACGAUAAGUUAAAUUAGCUGGAUUUUUGUACAAAGAAUUUCAAUUACAUCUUUGCAUUACUAUAUCAAUCAUGGAUUAUUAUUCUUUUGUAGAUUCAUAAAUUUUUGAUCAACUUGGUGUUCACUUGACUCUCUGAAAUAGCUGGAUUCUCAUGGUUUUUGACAGACAGAUGGUUGCGUAUGAAGUAUUUAACCAUAUUUCGAUGGAGUAUUCCAGAUAUGAAUGAGACUUGAAUGAACAUGGCAAAGAGAUAAGAACAAACCUCUCGGUGGAUUGCUUUCUUGAUCUACUGAAAUAGUGGACAAGUUUUCUACGUAUAUAUUACAUCUUCUAGCUAGCUUAUUACCUGAUUGGUGCAGCAAGUACUCUAGCUGUUCACUCAUCCUCUACCUUAGAUUAGGCAAGUCCCAGAAACUACAUUAUUGUUAUUGAAUUGGUAAUUGCCAUUAACUUGUGUAUUAUUGAAUAUAUUAAACUGUCUUUUUUGGCCACGGAACAAAAGUGAAUAAAAACGCUAAGCAAAGGUCCAUCACGCAUCAUUAAUCUUGCUUGUUAUUGGAUAUAACUCAUCAGCAGAACUGCCACGUCAGAAAAUUGACCUUUAGAUAAGGGCAAUGGUAGCUCGCCAAGUUCCCAAUCAUUGGAAAGCUUGAGGUUAUCAGGGAAGAAAUUAACAAAUCGAUCUGGGGUUCUUUAUUCUAUUGUCUUGUGUAAUUUUGUUGGUUUGAGAUUUCUCGCACUUUAUUCCACGGUAUGGGCAUCUGAGCGCUUAUCCAAAUAUUUGUAAGGUCAUUGAACGUCAGCUUCGUCAACCACAAAACAAGGAAUUAUGGAAUAUUUUGUUUCUGGCCUCACAUGUGAAGGUGAAUGUUAGGGAUCUGGAUUCCUUUUAAUGCUCAAGCAAAAUUGUAUGCCCAAGUAAUAUAGUUACAAUUACAUGUGGAAUGUAAGUUUUGACACAAAGGAGCUAAAAAAUUUCUCAAUUUGAGAGCCUCGAAAUCAGAACUAUAUGCAGCAAGGCUACCAUCUGUUCAAUUUUUGUUGGUCUUUUGACCUUUUCAGCUAGUGCCUCUCCGAAAAGUUCCACUGGAUUGUCUUUGCAUCAUCUUCCGAUCAACAUUCCUAUGCCGUGGCCCUAACAGUUUCUGGCAUAUAACGUGGUAUGGUCCCCUCCAAUCGUCUGGAUGAUGGAUUCAUUAAGCCGAAUAACUUUAUGUUUCCUUUUUUUUUGGUGGGGCUGUGGGGGAGUUUUGAGAAUCUUCGAACUUCAUCCAGAAGUUCUUAGCUUUUGGCAAUAUCAAGCUUUUUCAAGUAAAUGUAGCAGCUGGUUGCAGUAUGUACAGGGUAGAUUCCAAUGAAGAGCAACUCAAAUCAUAGCACUUUGGAUUUUUCAAACCAAAAUGUAGCUUCC